CAUAGAGAAACCCCAUCGUUUUUAUUUACUCUUCAUAUGUUGCGAUUAGCGAGUCUCUAGAGGGUAACCCCCUCCUCCAAACCCCUUCCAGUUCCCACCUUUCUACGAGCCUCACCCAACCCACCCUAAACGCAUACGAACAAACAACACCUCCUCGCCUUUCCUCCUCCCACCGCCGCCCGCUUCUGCUCACCCCUGCAUCUGACGUUUGCCACCCCUUGCCGAGGCAUCUCUAAGGAACAUGGAAAAAGCUACAAUUGACUCCGCCUCUAAUGCCGAGGAAGAAUAUGUAUUGCUUGACCUUGGUGAUGUAUCGCUGCUUGACAUUCCACCCAAUGCUCCAUACGUUCUAUCUGGUUUGGACACCAUGAAUCCAGUGUUGACUAUCUGCGACAAAUUUAAGAUGAUUGGAGAAUAUGAAGAAACCAUAGGCACAUGUCUUACCUUUGCGGAAGAGGAAGUCCCUGUGGUUGAAGAAGAAGCUCAGCCAUCUGAAACAAAUGGUUGCUCGAGAGAAGCAGCUGAACCAAAACAAGCUACCAGAAAGGAGUUAAAGGCCACUGCCUGUGUACAUAAGAUCCUUAAAUUUAAGUUACUUGAUUCUGAUGUUCCAAGCCCAAUAUCUUAGUGCACUAAAGAGAAUAAUGUUAUUUCAUAUUUGUAUAUAUUAAGGUGUAAGUUUUAUGUAUAGUUUAGAUGCAAUGGGACUGAUAAGGUAAGAAUUUAGAUGAGUUGUGAGUACUCAUCCAAGUAAAGAGCACAGUGAAAGAGCUAUCCUCGUUGUUCAACUCAUCAACCUCCAACCUCACUGUCUUCUAUAGAAUAAACCGGAGUGUUAUCAUGGAA